AACCCGAUAUUUUUACCCAUAUGCAAAUACCCGACCCGAUCAUUAACGAAUAAAGAAUGUUAUGAGUUUCCAAAUCAAAAUCUGAAGUAACAUAAUAACAUUAGCACUGAAAAUUCGCGAAGAUUUCGAAGCGAGAUGAGACCGAACGUCGUCUCCGAGGCGGGACUGUCCACCAGAGUUAACCAAUGGUGGGAAGCUAUUCCGUUUCUCACAUCAGUCAUUGUUGUUAUUUGUGGAGCCAUAUAUUUGGUCUGUCUGUUUGUUGGGUAUGACUCCUUUGUUGAAGUCUGUUUCUUGCCUUCAGCUGUCGUUUCCCAUUUUCAAGUUUACAGGAUUUUCACCUCUAUUAUAUUCCAUGGUUCUAUGCUGCAUGUUCUCUUCAAUAUGUUGGCAUUGGUUCCCAUGGGCUCUGAGCUGGAACGAAUUAUGGGAUCCAUCCGCUUGCUCUACAUAAUAAUCCUACUGGCCAUAAGCAGUGCCAUACUUCAUCUUGUUAUCGUAUUACUAGCAGCUUAUAAUCCAAUUAGUUCUUACCCAGCUCUCAUGGAUCAGUGUUCGAUUGGUUUCUCCGGGAUCCUGUUCUCCAUGAUAGUCAUUGAAACAAGUCUUAGUGGAGUUCAAUCCCGAAGUUUCUUUGGGCUUUUCAAUGUCCCUGCAAAAUGGUAUGUAUGGAUAUUGUUGGUGGUCUUUCAGCUUCUUAUGGCAAAUGUCUCAUUACUUGGACACCUAUGUGGUAUUUUAUCUGGAUAUGCAUAUACUUUUGGGUUAUUCAACAUCUUGAUUCCUGGGGCGUCAUUCUAUUCAUCAAUUGAGGAGUCAUCCUUGCUUUCUGCUUGUGUGAGGAGACCUAAAUUCAUAUUGUGUACUGGCAGCAAUGUCUCUGGCAAUAUCCCCACGUAUACAAGUCAAAACACCGCUUCAAGUGGAUUGCUUUCUGGAAAUAUGUGGAGGAAUCUGUCUUCUUGGAUGCCACAGAGAGAAAGUUCCGUGGAGGCAGCCCAAGGAAGUGAUAGGUUUCCUGGAAGAGGAAGGACUCUUGGUUCUGAGACAAAUCGAGCAGCUUCAGUUGCAAAUUCUGAUUCUAGUUUGCAAGCUAGACUUCUGGAUGAUGUUGAUGACCGGGAUCAGCAAUCAACUCCAUCAAGAAGUGGGGGAGGUCAGCCAAUGCCGGAUGGAAGGCCGCCAGUAGUAAAUAGUGCAGUGAUGCCUGCUAGAACGCAAAACAAUCAGGGUUCUGUUGCUUCUGAAGAGGAAAUUCAGAAACUCGUUGCUAUGGGUUUCGAUAGGACACAGGUAGAAGUAGCAAUUGCAGCUGCUGAUAGAGAUCUUAACGUCGCAGUGGAAAUUCUUAUGAGCCAACAGGGAUAGUCCAAAAGAACUGUUCAGCGGAGUACACACAAAAUCUAUCUGCCGGAGAAGCAUUCUUGAUUACGUACUUUAGAACGAACGCUUCGCCUUGGCGUGUUGUAUAUAUUUCAAACAUCUAACACAAAUACAUAUACUCUACUUUUUCUACCCACCAAUUUGGUGAGGGCUGACUUGUAGAACUCUGUAUUUCUGUGGUACAUCAAUGUGAAAAGCUUAUAAUGACACUUCUUCACUGAAAAA